AUGGUCCAGGACCCCAUCCGACGGCCCCGGGACCCCACCCGACGGCCCCGAGACCCCACCCGACGGUCCGAGACCCCACCCGACGGUCCGGGACCCCACCCGACGGCCCCGAGACCCCACCCGACGGCCCGGGACCCCAUCCGACGGCCCCGGGACCCCACCCGACGGCCCCGGGACCCCACCCGACGGCCCCGGGACCCCACCCGACGGCCCGGGACCCCACCCGACGGUCGGUCCGGGACCCCACCCGACGGCCCCGAGACCCCACCCGACGGUCCGGGACCCCACCCGACGGCCCCGAGACCCCACCCGACGGCCCCGGGACCCCACCCGACGGUCCGGGACCCCACCCGACGGCCCCGAGACCCCACCCGACGGCCCCGGGACCCCACCCGACGGUCCGGGACCCCACCCGACGGCCCCGGGACCCCACCCGACGGCCCCGAGACCCCACCCGACGGCCCCGGGACCCCACCCGACGGUCCGGGACCCCACCCGACGGCCCCGAGACCCCACCCGACGGCCCCGGGACCCCACCCGACGGCCCGAGACCCCACCCGACGGUCCGGGACCCCACCCGACGGCCCCGAGACCCCACCCGACGGCCCCGAGACCCCACCCGACGGUCCGGGACCCCAUCCGACGGCCCCGGGACCCCAUCCGACGGCCCCGGGACCUCAUCCGACGGCCCCGGGACCCCAUCCGACAGCCCCGGAACCCCACCCGACGGCCCGGGACCCCAUCCGACGGCCCGGGACCCCACCCGACGGCUCGGGACCCCAUCCGACGCCUCGGGACUCCACCCGACGGCCCCGGGACCCCAUCCGACGGCCCAUAACAUCCUUCGACUAG